CGCGCACAAUUUAAAAAAUCAAAUAUGGGGUUGUUUGGGGUGCCCCGCCCUUUUCCCAUCAAAACAAAUAACUCCCAAUGAAUGGAUGGCAAAAUGGGUGACGUUGUCGGUUUUUGCGACAAAAUCGGUAACAAUCUAUCAGAAUUAGGAAAAUGGUGUGUUUGGCAAAAUAUAAUUCUGGGCCAGUUCUUAUCACUGCUUCUGUGUGCGAUAAACACACUGGCCCACUACAUAAAUUCAGGGUCUUCCUCUGUGCUACCAACAGGCCAAUCUUUCCCUCACUAUAUGUUUCUGUGCGCAAUUUACACCAGUUGGCUUGCGUUUCGUAGAGGAGAGAAAGGUCUCAUUUCUAUAAUCAAGGCUAGAGGUUGGCGGUAUCUUUUGCUUUGUUUGAUAGAUGUGCAAGCAAACACGUUAAUGAGUACUGCUCACCAGUUCACUACUCUGACAAGUAUACAGCUGCUCGGUUGUGUCGCCAUCCCUGUAGCGUUGGCCUUAAGCUGUCUGGUGCUUGGUGUGCGUUACCGCAUGGUGCAUAUUAUUGCUGUUUCUGUGUGUCUUAUGGGUGUGGGGUGCCUUGUGUGGGCUAACAUCGAAGACACUAAGAUUGACGGUAAAAAUCAGCUAGUGGGAGACAUGCUUUGUCUGUGUGGAGCUGUGCUAUUCGCAAUAGUAACAGUGCUCCAAGAAUUGUCUGUGAAAAAUACAGAUAUUGUUGAAUAUUUGGGUCUGUUGGGAUUGUUCGGAAGUAUACUUAGUGGCGUUCAAAUGGUGAUUUUAGAAAAACAAACACUGAUAACAUCAACAUGGAAAAGUUCGAGUGCAUUAUUGUCUUCGUUCUCCGCAUGUCAGUUCAUGUUUUGUACUUUUUCAUCGGUGUUUUUAAUAAAUAUGGGAACAACAGCCUUACAUUUAUCCCUACUAUCGGGAAAUUUUUAUACACUAAUCGUAGGAAUUUUACUUUUCAAUUAUAAGUUUCAUGCCUUAUAUUUUCUAUCGUAUACUUUAUCUAUGACUGGUGUCUACAUCUAUGCAAUUAAGCAAACACCAGUCGCUUCACGAAGUAUGUCGUCAAAUCACACAACACAACUCAAUAAUACAAAUAAUCGAUCUGAGUGUCAGUUGAGGGAACACAUGAUUUCUGACAGUCCAGAACGUACAACUGAAAUUCUUUCAGCUUUUGGCACAUUAAAUAGCAACGAUACUUUUCCCCUAAGUCACAGUACAAACACGACUUUUACGUCUUUUUAUGGCAGUCACGAUGUUCUCAAUACCCAAACGACCAGCGCAUAAAACACAACUGGCCUUAACUGCACUCCCAUGAAAUGUGUGGCCAUCAACUAGUUUUUUUGUACAAUAUGUAAGCUAAACUGUAGGAUCCGAUCCAAAAUUAACGAAAAAUUUAUUAAAUAUUUUUUAAAAUAACAGAAAUAACUUGAACUUUUUGUAAGGAUUUACUUGAUUAAAAUGAUAGAUGAACAUCAACUCUUAAGAGAUUUGAAAAAUUGAAACUGAUCGGACCCUAAAAUUUAGCCCCAUUUUUUUAGCGACACGACAUAAUCAAGAACAAAAAUUUACCUACUGUACUGUAUUAAGAGUGUUGUGUAUGAAAAUCUUUUUGUGUAGCAUUUUACGCAACGUUGGAAUUAAAAUAUUUCGAAGUGUUCUCACUACUGGUCGUUAUGCGAAUUUAAACGACAAACUUUUGUAUAUUUAUAUACCCAUUUUCAAUGUGUAUUAGUCGAUUGUAACCGGUUGGUGUAGAUACAGCGAGACUUUUAAUAAAAGUUUUUAUUUACUUGUUCAUAA